UUGUUUGUUUUUUGCAGAUAUUACACAUUCCGAACACUACUUCGUGACGUGUUUGAAAGAAAGAAGAUCAACGCAACACAAAUCAUGGCAAAAAGGACACUACUACGUCUGGCUGCUGGACUACUUAUUUGUGUAGUGAUUUAUGGGAUCUUGCCGAAGUCUUUGAGGACCAGGUCUGUGUUGAAAGCCUAUAAAGCUAUGGGUGGUAAGCGAACGCAACUUUCAAUGCUACGAAAUACGAAAUACAUGAAUUCGCGCGAACUGCCCAAACUACGACAGGAGAUGUCAUGUAAACUGAAGAAAAAAGUUCCGUUUUCCACCAUAACAAGGAAACAGGCACCGCAAGAUAAAAACAAGGACGUCUUGCCGGAGGAGAGCCUGGAGAAGUUGGUGCACUUUAAUUCGUGCGCAGUCGUCAGUAGUAGCCACGCCCUGAGGUUUCACUCGUACGGGCAGGAAAUAGACAGUCACGAUGCCGUGCUGAGAUUCAACUGCGCUCCCACACACAAGUUUGAACAGUUCGUCGGAAACCGGACGGACUUUCGUCUGAUCAACACACAAAUCCCGCACCGGUACUGCACAGAGGAAUUCUGGAGUGAGAACAGUACCAUUUUCAGACAUGGGACUCUGGUUAUCAGAAACAUGAACGCCAUCAACUUGCAACGACAAAAAAUUAACAACAAACGCGACAAAUUUCGUUGUUUUGACAACUUGAUCAAAUACAAGAAGACGUAUCCAAACAGGGCGUUGCCUUUUAUACAGAGACCUCUGUUCGGGAAUGGUGUACUGGCGGAGUUGGUGGAGUUCUGCAAAUCUACAAACAUGUGCGACACAAAGAUGAGGCCAAACUUAAGUUCGGGCAUACUCGGUGUUGUGAUGAUGAUGCACCUCUGUAACCUGGUCUAUGUUUACGAGCUCGUUCCUUCCAACAAGGACGACACAGAAGUCAUGUAUUACUUCAAUGAGGAGAAACAACAUGACUGGCACCCCUACAGCCACGAAAGAGUUUAUAUCAGGACUUUGUCACUGACUCCUGAAAAAGUAAUAGAAGAUACAGGCGUGGUUGUUUUGGGAGGGUUUUCACAGACCCAAUGCUAGCGAUAUCUUCUUCAUUCAAAACUAUA